AUGGCGCAACCGCAGCCUCAGAUGCCGCAGAGGGCGUUUUCGCCUCCUCAGCCUUCCCCCUCUCCCGCCGCGACGCAAGCCGGUUUUGCGCUUCCUCCUAAUAAACGACCGCGACUAUCUCCUGGCGCAACCCCGCAACCUGAAUCCCCUUACUCUACUUCACCUUACGCGGCAAGUCCGGGCGCUCCCGUGACGCCUUCCACAGCUGCGACGUCUGCCGGGUCUCCCAUCUACCCCAGCGCGGCGCAACAGCAACAGCACCAACAGCAGCAGCAGCCGUCGCAGCAACCCCAACAACCUGCGACACCAGGUUAUGCGACACCAUACGCCAACGGCACCACUACACCAGCUCUUGCCUUACCGGAUACGCGACCGACAACUCCGCAAGUGUCUACCCCUCAACCGCCGGCGCCCCCUACCCUUCCGCAAUACACCACCGCGACUUUGGCACUUGGUACCAAUACGCCAGGCACGCCUGUCAUGCAGCAACCGUCAACCCCCGGAACUAUGGGCCCGCCCUCGAGACCUCCCGACCGACCGCAGAAGGAGUACGAAUACGACGUGACGGAUUCGUUGGCUGGAACUGGCAUCGACUUGCGCGCCGAAGAGCAGUUCUUAUCCGAACUCUAUGUGCCUGAAUCUAGAACUGGUUACCCUCCUUAUCCCCCCGGCAAUAAGGGAAGCUUCUAUGGCGCUGGUCCAGCGAAUCAGCCUGCUCAGCCGGCUGGCACCGACGCUCAGAAUCAACUGGUGGCACAGGCGGCGGAGAAAGCAUGGCAGGAGUCCGCGAAGCGUUUGGCUCAGACUAGGACUAUGGAGCUUAACAACGCGUUCCUGCAAGUUCCUGUUGUGUUCCGGAAGGCGGAGAAGUUUGCCAAGGACCAGGGUCUGUCGCUCAACCUGGAGAUCAAGAACAGCAACCAGCCGAUGGGUCGGAUGCGUCUACCUGAGGAGUUCCCGGCGCCCAGCGUGACAGUCAGCACCAAGAACGGACCCGACUCUACCGUGGUGACGACUUCGGGAACAUGGAUCCCUCAGGAGGCUUUCUUGGUUGACCAGUUGGCUCUGCUUUCCCUCGCCACCAAACAGCGACUCAGGACCCUCAUGGAGGACUCGAAUCGGAUUGCUCAGAUUCGGCAGACAUCGUCACAUGGAGAGAUUCCCGAGGAGUGGCAGACAGCUGCAGCACCGCUGAAAAAUUCCCUGGAGACCCAGGGAGAGGACGCGACGCAGCAAACGGCGACUGAAGACGGCGCCAGUCCCCGCCCAAGCGCUCAGAAACGCCCUCUUGAAGAUGCUACCUCCAGCCAACCCAGCAAGGUGCAAAAAGUCUCUGCCACGAACACUAUGAGCCACACGGUUAGAGAAGUGGGCAAGGCUGAGCGAGACUGGGAAGAGAGACGGUUGCGGAAGCGCAAUGCUCGCAAAGACGGGACCACCGAAGCCGUAUCAACGCCAUCCCGCGCCGGCUCGGUUGCGCCUGGCACCCCCGGUGGUUCGGCCCCAGAUUCGGAGAAGUCCAUCUCGAAGAAGGAGCAGAAGAAACUCGAUGCUGUCAAGAAGGCAGAGGCUAGCAGCCACGCGAACCAGAAUAUCACAAGUAGCAUGUUCGUUGGCAUGCCCAAGACGGGGUCACUUUUUGGAAAGAAGAAAGGCGGCAAAUCAUACUCGUGGAUGACGGGCGGUGCUAGCGGUGCAAGCACGCCAAGAAUGGGCACGCCCGGGAAGCCAGGCGGCGCAGCCGCUUCGGGUCCCCCACCACCGGCGAACCACGCUCUGACAGUUGAGGGGCGAGCUCGGCUCGGCAACUGGCGUGAAGACAAGGAAAAGGGCAAGAACAUCCAACUGCGAGACUGGGUGGCGGCCCUGGAGGGUGACGAGAUUGAAUUGCGGGCGAUGCAGGCGGCAUACGACAAGCUGGACACGUCGGACCCCAAGUAG